GUGUUUCACCGCCUUGUCAAGGUGAAUCAGAAACAUUGUUGCGUUCCCAGCUCCUCUACUCUCCUCUGCCCUGCUGUCACUUCAGGGGAUCGAGAGAACAAGAUGGAGGGUACUUUAUGGAUGACAACGAUCCUCCUGUCCUUCUGUCUGUCAGAGCAUGUGUUUACUGAACUUUCCCAACGUCCUUACUGCAAAGACAAACCUCUGUCCAUACAGCAUGUACCUCUCCACAGCAGAGUGUCCGUCUCCUGCCCCAACAUGAUAGGAGACGAUCUGAGAUUCCACCUCUCUUUGAACCAGUCCCUCAUUCACACCACGGUGCUCAAGAAGAACCAGAAUACAACCAUAAACAACCAAUCAGACACCUGGGUUCAGUUCUACCUAGCUGAACAGGACCUAAACCACAACCUAACCAAUCGCUAUGAGUUCACGGUCAACGGAACUGGACUGUACAUCUGUAGAGAAGAGAGGCUGUGGUCACCCCCGUAUAAAGAGGACUCUGUUCACACACUACUGAUCACAGAGAAGCAGUGUCUGAAACCCCAUGAUCAACUGGCCAAUCAGAGUUGUGCGGAGGAUCCUAAACCCCUCCUCCUGUGUCUGUUAUUGGUGGGAUGUGGGGUGCUACUCCUCUACAGCACCAUCAUCACCAUCAUCGUCAUCCUCAUCUGGAGGAAGCUGAAGAAGGAAGCGUCUGCUCAGAGUACAUACUUGAACAUAAAGCUAGGAGAGAAGAGAGUUCCUCAGAGAGUCCAGUAUCCAGUCACCGGAAGGUUCUGAUGCUGAGCUUCCUAAGUGCACUACUUUUGUGCACUAUAUAGGGAAUAGGGUGAAAUCUGGGACUUAGCCGAUUGGCUCUUCAAUCAAUCUACUGACGCAUUCAAUGCAUCGUAACUUCAAGAAAAUCAGGAUCAUUAGGAGAUGAUAAGAACACAUGAUUACUUCUCAUACUGCAUCAGAACAGUGUCCUACUGCAUUAGAACAGCUUCAUAAUGCAUCAGAACAGCUUCAUACUGCAUUAGAACAGCUUCAUACUGCAUCAGAACAGCUUCAUACUGCAUUAGAACAGCUUCAUACUGCAUCAGAACAGCUUCAUACUGCAUCAGAACAGCUUCAUACUGCAUUAGAACAGCUUCAUACUGCAUCAGAACAGUGUCCUACUGCAUUAGAACAGUGUCAUACUGCAUUAGAACAGUGUCAUAUUGCAUUAGAACAGUGUCCUACUGCAUUAGAACAGUGUCCUACUGCAUUAGAACAGUGUCCUACUGCAUUAGAACAGUGUCCUACUGCAUUAGAACAGUGUCCUACUGCAUUAGAACAGUGUCAUACUGCAUUAGAACAGUGUCCUACUGCAUUAGAACAGUGUCAUACUGCAUUAGAACAGUGUCCUACUGCAUUAGAACAGUGUCCUACUGCAUUAGAACAGCUUCAUACUGCAUUAGAACAGCUUCAUACUGCAUUAGAACAGCGUCCUACUGCAUCAGAACAGCUUCAUACUGCAUUAGAACAGUGUCCUACUGCAUUAGAACAGUGUCCUACUGCAUUAGAACAGUGUCCUACUGCAUUAGAACAGCUUCAUACUGCAUUAGAACAGUGUCCUACUGCAUUAGAACAGUGUCAUACUGCAUUAGAACAGUGUCCUACUGCAUUAGAACAGUGUCCUACUGCAUUAGAACAGUGUCCUACUGCAUUAGAACAGUGUCCUACUGCAUUAGAACAGUGUCCUACUGCAUUAGAACAGUGUCCUACUGCAUUAGAACAGUGUCCUACUGCAUUAGAACAGUGUCCUACUGCAUUAGAACAGCUUCAUACUGCAUCAGAACAGUGUCCUACUGCAUUAGAACAGCUUCAUACUGCAUCAGAACAGUGUCCUACUGCAUUAGAACAGCUUCAUACUGCAUUAGAACAGUGUCCUACUGCAUUAGAACAGCUUCAUACUGCAUUAGAACAGUGUCCUACUGCAUUAGAACAGCUUCAUACUGCAUUAGAACAGUGUCCUACUGCAUUAGAACAGCUUCAUACUGCAUUAGAACAGCUUCAUACUGCAUUAGAACAGCUUCACGAUGCAUUGGAACGGCUUCACGAUAUAUUGGAACGGCUUCACGAUAUAUUGGAACAGCUUCACGAUGCAUUGGAACGGCUUCACGAUAUAUUGGAACUGCUUCACGAUGCGUUGGAACUGCUUCACGAUGCAUUGGAACUGCUUCACGAUGCAUUAGAGCUGCUUCACGAUGCAUUGGAACUGCUUCACGAUGCGUUGGAACUGCUUCACGAUGCAUUGGAACUGCUUCACGAUGCAUUGGAACUGCUUCACGAUGCAUUGGAACUGCUUCACGAUGCAUUGGAACUGCUUCACGAUGCAUUGGAACUGCUUCACGAUGCAUUGGAACUGCUUCACGAUGCAUUGGAACUGCUUCACGAUGCAUUGGAACUGCUUCACGAUGCAUUAGAGCUGCUUCACGAUGCAUUGGAACUGCUUCACGAUGAAUUGGAACUGCUUCACGAUGCAUUGGAACUGCUUCACAGUGCGUCGGAACUGCUUCACGAUGCAUUGGAAGUGCUCCAGAAUAUAUUAUUCCUACAGGCUUUAAGUAAAGUUUUACCAAUCAGGAUGUUUGUAUUAAAGGGUGUUUACCGACACUAUAAUCUCUGUGUUGUUCCAGAACAAUGACUCCCUCCCUCAUUGUGUAAUGCCGUGUACGGAGCUGUUUGUGUUUUCAUAAGUAAAGGAAGUAGAAUGUUC